UUCAUUUCAAGGAGCUGGCUUAUAGAGCCAACUAGUUCACGACCGACACAUCACUAUUGGUUAGCUUACGGAGGCUGUGUCAGGGCAGACUUCCGGCCAUCAACAAACCAUGAAACAAACUGUAAUAGUAGGAUUUCACAACUUUUUCUUGUUCUUUACGUGAGAUGUCAACGUCUUAGAUACAUCUGUAUGCAUUCGAGUGUAAGGGUUUCUGCCUUCAGAUAACCAAUACCCACUCCCGAUGUGGAUAAGGCACCGGCUGAUGGCUGUCCUCUACCUCUGACCUAGUUGCCAUGGAAACUAUUUUGCUCUUCCUCUCUUCACUCCUGGUGUGUGUGGCUGCUGUAGCAGAUCCCAGUGCACAGGAUGGCAAGGAGAAAGUUGAAAAUCCAUUCGUCUAUGACUAUGAGAGCCUGAGGAUUUGUGGAUUGGCAUUAGCUGUGGUGCUGUUCACACUGGGCAUUCUUCUCAUCCUCAGUCGGCGAUGCCGUUGCAGUCUCAGCCAGAAGCCCAGGGCCCCCGGAGAUGAGGAGGCACAGGAGGAGAACCUGAUUGUCUCUAAGGCUGCAGUGGCCGCCAAAGAGGCUCCAGCAGAGAACUGAGGCAACUCCACUGGACCAGACUGCCUUCUGAAAUGAGGAUCAGUUUUAUUUGAUAUUGAUCCACUAUAACGGAGAAGCAGCGGAUGAUUAUUAUAACUGGUUAUAUGACAGGGUAUAAGUGGGGAGGUAUAUGUUUAGAGUUGUAAUAUGUACAUAACCUUUAGCCUGUUGUGCUGUUGUGCCAGUCCCUCAGUGCUCUUGUCUGUUCCUGUGCCUUUCUGUGACAGUCUCUCACUACAGUUCUUUGUUUUAGCCAGUAGCACCUUCAACACAAAAUUGUCUUUAAAGCCCUAAAAGAAUUUUUAAUGUUGUGUGGUCCGCUGUACUUUGUUUUGUACUAAUAACUAUAUAUGGCCUUUAGGUUUAGGAUUUGUCUAUUUGUUGUUAAUUUUGUCAGUUGUCCUUGAAAAUGUUUGUCACAAUUUGGAUUAUAACACAUAUACAUAUUAUAUAUAUAAAAGAACAGAUAGUUACAGAUAAUAUAUAUAGUUAAAUAAUCUUCAUUUAGGUCUACUGUAUGUCUGAAUGGUUGCGCUGUUUGCGUGCACAUGUGGAUAUAUGAAUGUGAAUACAUGUAUGAAUGUUUGUACCAUCAUGUGUGCGUGUGUCUCUUGACAUGUAAAUGUGAUUAGCCUUAUAUAAGACAAUCUGAACUGCCACAGCUCUCUAACUGAGCACACGGAUGGUUUGCAGGUAUCUGCAUGAGCUCCUCCACCGCAGUACUUUAACAACUUUAGUGGAGGGAGCUCCUGCAUCAGCUGUCUCACUGCCUUCUUCUCCACACCUCCAUUCCACCGCUCCGUCACUGGCUCCGCUGGGAUUAACUGGUCUCUGGCAGACUAUAAUUAGUUUUUUCCAUAGACAUUCACUAUAGUGCAGCAAAACUGUGAAGUCCUGGUCUUUCCUCUUUCCUGUUCAUUUAUUAAAGAAGCCAAUUGCUCA